AUGGACCACAUUUUGAGCCGCAUGAAAGCAUGCCCAUACAUGGACUUCGGAGUGUACGGCCCCUACCACCACAGGCUGAUGCGGCGCAUGAGGUUCACCGGGAUGACGCAGGAUCCAGAUGGCACGACGAAGAUCACGGAGCCUUCGGUCCCUGUGGAUUGCAAUUCUUGGGUCAGGUCCCAUGAGGUCCCGCAGCCGAAGCUCUUGGGCUUCGCGGCAGUGGGCCUCGGCACGUUGAUCGCGUACCGGAAAAAAUACGACUGUAAUCUCUAUGGCGCCGAGACGUGGGGAAUCCAGUACCAAGCUGAUGCCCGCUGUCGGCCGGCACGUGCCCCGGGUCCGGCGGGACCCAGCUGGGCGCAGAUUGCCAGGUAG